GUGAUGAUGGUGUGGCUCUCCUUGCCGCCGAUUCAGAUAGGUUGUUGGCUGAGUGUUAAAAAAGCAAAUUUAGUCCAGUUUCUCCCGCAUGGAGUUACGCACUGAGGCAGUAGUGGCUACAUUGGAGAUGUCGGAGUUAAAUGGCCGAGAAGAUGACCCUUCAGAGGACAGCGACUACGAGAGUUUGCCACCCCAUGCCUCCUUGACGACCCACAUGACAGCAGGAGCGGUGGCAGGAAUAUUGGAGCACACGGUGAUGUACCCAGUAGACUCUGUUAAGACACGUAUGCAGAGCCUGCAGCCGGACCCCAAGGCCCAGUACCGGAGCGUGUUCGAGGCCCUGCAGCGCAUCGUGCGGACGGAGGGCCUCAUGCGACCCCUCAGGGGCCUCAACAUCACCGUGCUGGGGGCCGGACCCGCCCACGCCCUCUACUUCGCCUGCUACGAGCGCUGCAAGCGCUCCCUCAGCGAAGUCAUCCAGAACGGAGGCAACAGCCACAUAGCCAACGGUGUGGCUGGUAGUCUAGCCACUGUGCUUCACGAUGCUGUGAUGAAUCCAGCUGAAGUGAUAAAGCAGCGUAUGCAGAUGUUCAACUCCCCGUAUCGUGGGCUGUGGGACUGCAUAGUGCGGGUGACGCGUGGCGAGGGCCCGGCCGCCUUCUACCGCAGCUACAGCACACAGCUCACCAUGAACAUCCCCUUCCAGGCGGUGCACUUCAUCACGUACGAGUUCACGCAGGAGCGCCUGAACCCCCAGCGCCGCUACCGGCCCACCAGCCACAUCAUUUCGGGGGCGGCGGCGGGAGCCGUCUCAGCCGCAGUCACCACGCCGCUGGACGUGUGCAAGACGCUGCUCAACACGCAGGAGCACGGCGCCCUACGCUCCAGCGGGCAGGUGAGCGGCCACCUCUCGGGCAUGGCCAACGCCCUGCGGACGGUCUACAGGCUGGGCGGCGCGCCCGCCUUCUUCAAGGGCGUGCAGGCCCGGGUCAUCUAUCAGAUGCCCUCCACGGCCAUCGCCUGGUCCGUCUACGAGUUCUUCAAGUACUUUCUGACGCGGCAGGAGCAAGAGCAGGAGCAGAGACUGUGGCAGCAGCGGCAGCAGCAGCAAAGGGCUUUGGCGCAUCAGGACUCUAAGCAGGAAGUGGACUCCAGCACUACAUGAAGGGGGGCCAAGGAGAUUGCAUAACCGAGGGUCGUCCAGGUCUUGCCAGCUUUCUUUGGGGAGAGGGAGAGAGAGUAGCUGACUUCAAAAAUUGGUUGAUGUGAUGGGGGCAGUCACACACACACUCACACACGCACAGAAAUGGCAGACACACAGACAUGCGUACACUGUGAGCUGGCUUUAGGAAGAGAGAGGGCACUUUUGGACAUUUACAUGUAGAGCCUUUGUGUUCAUUCUGAGUCAUUUUUUUCAUAUUAUCAUUUAAUAACUUCUCAAACAACUUUCCAUCAAUCAACAUUCUGUGACAUUUGUCGCACCUGACCAUGUGUCCAUCAUCAACUUUGGAGAAAAAAGAGACUGCACGGAUGAAGGAUCUACGGCUAUCUAAGAGAACAGAGGGAAGGGGCAUUUUUGAAAGUGUGGUUAUUGCACCAUCCCUAAACCACCCCUCUUCUCUUCAUCUUCCACAAUGCCCCCAUCCUUCCAUCUUUCCCACUACCCCUCCUCUCUCUCCCCUCUGUGCUGAUCUCUCGCUCACUGCACAAACUUCCCCUGUCCGGUCACUUCUGUGCCACACUGUCCGUGUGAUGACUCCUCUUUCUCUCUCGCUCCCUUGUUCUCUCGCUCCCUUGUUCUCUCUCGCGCUCUCUCUCUCUCUCUCUCUCUCUCUCUCUCUCUCUCUCUCUCUCUCUCUCUCUCUCUCUCUCUCUCUCUCUCUCUCUCUCUCUCUCGACACAGUGUGUGCUGCCUGGGCUCCAUCCGUUUGUUUAUGAAUUUCAUGUAGGAAUUUCUUUUUUUAUUUUAUUUAUUUUAUUGGCUGAGCGGAGUUCGUGUUUCAAGGAUUUCGGAAGUGCCGCAGGGUGUGUGCCUGUGUGUGUGCUUGUGUAUGCGUGCGUGUGUGCUAGCGCCUGUGUGUGUGCACGUGCGACUGUGGGCGUGUGUGUGCUCAUGAUUUCUGUGUGUAUUUUAUAAAAGGGCUGUUUAAUUGAGAGCAUUCCUCAUUUCUUCAUGCUAUCACACUUAAAAAAAAAUAGAGAAAAAGAAACGAAAAAACAAAAAUACUCCCACAGGCC